AUGAUCGUUCUCUCAGAGAAUUGCAAGCAUGAGAUGUGUCGAACCUGUCUGCAAAAGACAUUGGAGAUGGAGCUCGAGAGAAACGGUUACGCUUCCUACAAGAUUGAAUGUCUAUGGUGUCCAAACCUACUGUCGAUGUCAUUGAUUCAGGAGAUCAUGGGUGACGACGCCGAGCGCAAGAAGAAACUGAACAAUAUCUACUGGGUGUGUCCACAGUGUGAUAAUUUAAUAUAUAUAGAUACAACCACCAACUACAGUCUCACAAGUUUAGCAACACUCCAUCAUCCCAUACCAAAAGGUAGUUUUCAAGUUAGGUGUACUUCAUGUCCAUAUGUAUUGUGUACGAGCUGUAAUGGAACACAUCCAUGGACUACUCCAUGCAAAGACUAUCUGGCAAACAACGAAGAUGCACUAAAAUCUUAUUUAUGGAAAAUUCAAAAUACAAAGAGAUGUCCAAAAUGUUUUGUUUUUAUAGAAAAAAGAGGUGGAUGUUCAUAUAUGGUUUGUUUUAGAUGUGGAUUUGAAUUUUGUUUUGAUUGUUUAAGACAAUAUAAAAACUUUCAUCACUGUGAUAAUGAAAUGGUAUUUUUUAAAUUACUAUUUAUGUUACUCUCAAUAAUCGGAUCAUUCUACAUUGUAUAUACAUUAAAACAACUAAGUAGAACAUUUAAAGAUUAA